CACACCACGAUGCCGUUCAGAUCCACCCCGCUGCUCCGACAUCCUUGCUUGAGUGUUCUUUUGCCUCAUACUACGAUGGAUCAGAAAUGAAUGACGGACUUUGCCAUUCACCGCGGCACGCCUCGUAUACUCACCGGGUUGUCGCCGACGGGCCCGGAAUCUAACACCAGUCGGCCUGAGCUAGACCUCGACAGACGACAUCACUUUACGAGUUUAAUCCAAUUUACAUUACCUGCAUACGGCCAAAGGAGUAGUAUAAAGCGAACAUGAUGCUAGUGGGGAUGGUGGAAGGGAUCUACACAGCAAACUAACUUGAGGCGCCUUGCUCACGGUAACGAAGACCAAUCUCCUGCUGAUUUUAUCUAUCCUAGUUGCAACCUCAGAUCACAUUAAAAAAAACCAAUCACUCCGUCACAUGCAUCCAGCUAUCGCUGAAACAAUGCCGUCUGUGUGGUUCGCUUUGGUGGCCGCACCGGCGGUUGCAGUUCUGGUCUGGAUCUGGCCUCACCUCAAGAGGGCUUCGCCUCCGCCAGGGAUUCCAAUCCUCUCUGGAACUGAGACCACUGACUACAGGCAUCUGAUUGAAGAGCAGUACACGAAGCAUCCCAAUCAGAUCUAUCUGCUCCAAUCGCCAUUUCGGCGUGUCUAUGUGGUUCCCCCACGACUCGUCAACGAAUACGCCUGGAAAUCCGAGGACAAAGUUUCAUCCGCCGUCGACCUGUGUGAGAGAUUCUUGGGCCAAUAUACCUUGAUUGGUUCGAUGACUCCCGAUCGACCAGGUGAUAGAACGCACACGGCAGUCACAUAUGCCAAAGGCUUGCUGACCCGCAGCAUCAACCAUGCCCUCCCAGGGGUGUAUACCGAUGUGGACACUCUACUAGAUCGUGAAAUAGGGAAAGACAAAAGCCGCACUGUCCACAUACAAGCCGUCGUGCUGAAUGUUUUCCUACACGUUUACGAGCGGGUAUUUGUUGGUAUUGAUCUUGCACAAGAUAAGACUUGGAUGAGAACAUGCGUCGAGUAUCCCGGCGCUGCAUUUCGAGCAGCAUUAGCGUUGGCCAAGUAUCACUGGAGUGUGCGCCCCAUCGCUGCUCUCUUCAUUCCGGAGAUGAAGCUACUGCGAGUGCUCAUUCGCAUCCUUGAUAGGUUCCUCCGUCCACUGCAUCAGCAACGACAAGAAUUGCUGAAACAAGUGGAUGCCAAGAAACCCGUGGACAUUAUUCAGUCCUUUAUGGAUCAUGCUGGAAAGGAGGCGACCAAUACAACACUUUUGGUUGAGAGUAUGGUAAUGCUGAAUAUCGCUGGAAUUCAGAGUACAGGUCGCGUGCUGUUCCAAGCGCUUCUAGAUCUUGCGGCUCACCCUGAAUAUAUCCAACCUCUAAGAGAUGAAGUAGCUGCCGCGAUCGACAAGGAAGGUGGCGAUCCGAACUUGUUGGCUACGGGAUUGGCACGGUUGCAGAAGAUGGACUCGUUUUUCAAGGAGUCCCAGCGCUUUCAUCACGCUAAUCUUUUAUCCGUAUAUCGCAAACUCAUGCAGCCUCUAACCUUAUCAAACGGGGUGACACUCCCGGCUAACUCAUACAUCGCCGUGCCUGGCUCCGUGUAUUCGAGACUGUCAGAUGACGGUACAGAUCGACCAUUUGACGGUUUUCAGUGGGCGCGGAAAAAAGGAGGGGGUGCGAGUGAUAGCCGGUUAAACUACGCCUUCAGCGGCCCGGACUCUCUGGAAUUUGGGGCUGGCAGCCAUGCCUGCCCCGGUAGGCAUUUUGCCGUAAACGUGCUGAAAGCAACCCUGUCCAGGAUUCUGCUGCGCUAUGAUCUAAGCUUGCCACCGGGAACUGAACGGCCACGGGAUCAGUUUAACCAUCUGUUUGACCUGGUGCCGAAUCCGGCGGCAGCUCUAGUGUGCACCCCACGGGGGAUUGACCAAUGAUCAGGAAUUUUCAAAGAGAUUCACGUUGCUAACCUAUCUCCAUCUUUCGACUGGGGAAGGAAGAAUCAUAUCUCGUUACCUAGAUCACUUAGAAUAUCUAGCCUUGAGCGUCAAAAUGUCA